AUGGAAAUUUUUUCGAUAUUCCAGUUAAGUGUUGUUUAUGAAACAACUGAAAUUAGUGAUAAAAAGACGCCCAAUAAUGUGUUAAAUUUUCUUAUAACAACUGGUUUAAAUAAGACUUUUUGUGAAGUCGUUAAGUUGUGUAAAUUAGUACUAACCAUCCCAGCCACUAGUGUGUUAGUUAAGCAAAGUUUUUCAGCUUUAAAGCGCAUUAAAAGUUUUAUACGAAAUUCAACAAGUGAAGACAGACUCUCUAAUUUAGCCCUAAUAUCCAUUGAAAAACAGUUUGUUAAACAGUUAUCAGAAAAUUCAAAAUUUUACGACGAUGUUAUAGACAGAUUUGCAGCCGUUAAGGAUAGGCGAAUAGAUCAUAAAGAUUUUCCCUUUUUGGUGACAUUUUAUUCGACAUUUUACGGACAAAGUCAAAUGACGUUGGCUUUUGCAUUGACCAAAUUGAUGAUUUUAAAAAUAAAAUUAAUAAAGUUUGAACACUUUUGGAAUAAGACUCAAAACAUUGGCUUAGAACCUGAAAGAAAGAGAAUUAGAAUUGAUAAUGUUGGUGACAAAGAGACCUCCUAUCGUCGAUUAUACGCCGCAAUUUUUGAUAAUAUUUUACAACAAAUGAACUCUCGAUUUCAAAACUUUAACGAAUUAAAAUUUGUUGAAUUGUGCAAUUUUAAUAUUAGAAAAAUAGAAAAGCAAAUAACCAACCGAAAGAGAGGAGUAAACGGGGAAAAUAUAAGUUGGCUAAACACAAGGGAUAUAAGAAUAGUAAAAGAAGCACCAUUCUCAAUUUACACGAAAGGAAAUUUCAACGAUGAUGCAUUUGUUGAGGUUGAUAUAUCCAAAAGAACCCGUGGUCGUCCAGACAACUUCUUUACUCAGUCCGACAUAAAUGCUCUCUGGCCUAAUGGAAAACCAAUUGCCGAAGAAAACUUAAGGGACCCAAAAUCGAUUUGGCAUUUAAUACCUAAAGAUUAUCUAGAAUUUUAUUCGGGUCUUUACACAGACGGUACUGUUGAAGACGAUCUGGACGGAUGUGGAGGUGUUUCGGACUUUGAAACAGACAAUUAG